AAUCACGUGUGGAGCCACCGAUGAAGGAGAAGACAGAAACAGAGAGAGCGGGGAGGAAGGGGACCGUGUCUCCUUUCUCUCUGGUACCAGCUCGCCGUUACGGCGCCCGGACGCGGACAGAAAGAAGGAUCAGGAGACAGGACACUGGGGUGCUGCUAAAUGUUCAGUGCAGUUAUCCAGGGAAGCCGGGCUGACGUGUCGCUCGGCGCAUUUCCGAGGCUCCUGUUAGCGGCAGGGUGAUUUAAAUGUAAGCGGAGCAUCGCCGCGCAGCGCUGACUUCCUACCCGCUGAGCGGAGCGUGUCGCCUUCCGGAAACACUGCGCGAACAACAACGCCAGACCCCACGGAAGGACGGGGAGCCGCACACGCAGGCGACACACGGACACAUUCGCCACACGCUCGGCACUUGCUGUUGUCGUGGUUUCCACAGCAGCCCUGCUCGGCGGCGCGGACGGAGCGGAUGAGACAGGCGCCUUCAUUUUCUGGGUCUGAGCAAGAGCCGCCCGCCGGCUCUGACCUGCGUGUUUUUAGAAAGCCACCCCGAAGCCUGACGGCCCCUCCGCUCAGCUGGCGGUAAGGAAGGGUAAUUUAAGCCAGGAAGCCGCGGUACGGGACUCCAAAUCGAAGCUCCUGCAAAAUAUGGGCUCAGAGCCCCCCUCGCCUCCCCCGGUGCUGGAGGAGGGAGGGGAGGAGGAGGAGGAGGAGCUGAGUGCAGGGGAGGAGGUGGACUCCAGGGCGCCCCCUGGCCGUGGCUCUGUGCUGACGCGGCGUGGGAUCACCCUCCGGGUCCUGCUGAAGGACGGGCUGGUGGAGCCUGGGGACGGGGUGCUGUCCAUCCACUACCUGGGUAAGAAGUUUGUUGGGGACCUGCUGUCAGAUGGGAAGAUCCGCUGGGUGGAGACGGGCCAGGUCUUUAACUCGCCCAGCGCCUGGGCCACACACUGCAAGCGGCUUGUCAACCCAGCCAAGAAGUCCGGCUGUGGCUGGGCCUCUGUCCGGUACCGCGGGCAGAAACUGGUCCAGUACAAGACUAGCUGGCUGCACAAGUACCAGCCCAGUGCAGAGAUGAGCCUGGCCAGCGAGGGGGAGGACGAGGAGAUGGGGGAGGACGAGGAGGAGGAAGGGAAGACAGCCCUGCCCUCGGAGGACAGGAGUCGGAAGCAAGAAGGCAGCCCACUGCAGAGACGGACAGACAGAGACAGAGUCCCAGUGAGAUACUGCGCCCUGGGCAGCCGCGACUCUGGCCGGGACCCACACACCUUAGUAGAGCUGUCGGCUUUCUCCGCCAUUAACAGGUUCCAGCCUUUCAAUGUGGCCGUGUCCAGCAACGUCCUGCUGCUGAUGGAUUUCCACUGUCACCUGACGACCAGUGAGGUAGUGGGAUACCUGGGUGGCCGCUGGGACACCAGCACACAGCUUCUCACAGUGCUGAGGGCAUUCCCCUGCCGCUCACGACUGGCUGACCGCGACUCUGCCCCCGCAGUGGAGGAGGAGAUCUGUCAGAACUUGUUCAUGCGUGGGCUGUCAUUGGUGGGCUGGUAUCACAGCCACCCCCGGGGCCCCGCCCUUCCCUCCCUGCAGGACAUUGACUCCCAGAUGGACCAUCAGCUGCGGCUGCAGGGGAGCAGCAAUGGCUUCCAGCCGUGCCUGGGCAUCAUCUGCGGCCCCUAUUACCAUGGCAACCAGGGUGUGGCAUCCACCAUUACCCCGUUCUGGGUGGUUCCUCCCCCAGAGCAACGCCCGAAUGACUAUGGAAUCCCAGUGGCGGUGGAGGUGACAUAUGUCCAAGACAACUUCCUGACCAGUGAUGUCCUCAAUGAGAUGAUGCUGCUGGUGGAGUUUUAUCGUGGGGCCCCUGACCUGGUGCAGUUCACUCAGCUGUGGAGUCCGGAGACGACCAUCCUGGACAAGAUAAAGGGCUCACUCAGUGGUCAUGCUCCCAAAGACCAGGCCUACAGUCAGAUCCUGGAGCAUGUCUACAACCACCUGAGCAACUCGCACUGAGCCAGGGCGAAGAGGGGUGUUGCUCUGCACUGGAAUCCUGAAGUUACUGGAGCCUCUUUGCUGGGGCCUCUGCAGUCAGGCAGCGCCUACACUGUCCCUCUGGCACCUCCCUCAGGACACACAGACCUGGGACUAACCACAUUUUCCCAGGCCUGCUGUUGAUUAUUUAGAAUGACCUAGAAAAUAUUUUGGACUGUGGCCCCCCAAGAGACUGAGUCGAGUGCACUAGUACACAGAGUGACAGUGCUGUAUUACGAGCUGAGCUUAAACUGCCUGCAGCCCACAGUGAAAUCUGCUGAGCUCUCACGAACAGUGGACUUCCUUCUUUUAUCUGUGGGUGUGGGUGUCGGCUUUUCACUGCACAACAGCAUCCAAAUCAGUUUCUUGCACUAACAAAACAGGCUGUUUCACCAUGAAUUGUAUUAAAAUAAACUUGGAUAUUAAUAAUUAAGACUCUGUGGGGACAGGAAAGACAGACAAGCACUCUGUUAUGAAAAAAGUAAACUGGCCUGGUCAAGGAUGCUCUCCUUGUUCCACUGCACAGCAGCCAGUUGGACUGGGGGCCGCUGGUCCAGUUGGUGUCAGCGGUAUGAACUCAUCUGAGUUAUGUAAUAAUCACAACAUACCAAAAGCUUGCACAGUUUGUUCACCAGGAUAGUUCUCUGUUCUGUUAGAUGAGUCUCUUGCUGUAAUGGAGUGGUUCAAAUGUGAUUUACCUGCUGAAUAUAUGAAUACAGACACUGGAAUUUCAA